GUUCAGGCCAGGUAGGCAAGGCCCCAGCAGGUGCGGUGAGCAGAGACUUCCAGCUGCUGGGGAAAGAGGCUCAUGCAGUGCUGACCACUUAGCCACUAUUCUGUAGUUGGAAUCUGAUGUGACCUUGGCUGCUGCCAGCCUGGGCUGGGCCCUGCGCGAGGAAGGAGUCCCUUAAGUAGCUGGAGGCCCUUCAAAUGCCAUCUAUUUGCAGCCUGGGCCCUGACGCUGGCAUGUGUCACAUGUGAGCACGGGCUGGGUAUUUUUGGCAGUGGGGGUGGAGCUUCCAGGGCCAGCCCAACAGCAUGCCGCUCUGGGGUAGGCACUCAGAUGCCCUGCUCCACUGCCCUGCUGGCUGCGAGACUCAGACCACUCCGAGGAAGUGGAGGAAGGGAGCCGGACCCACCUGACAAGAAAUCUCAGAGAUGUGAAGGAAUGGCAUUCCUGGGAAUGAAAAACAUGACAGAUGUCAUAUGAGGAUGUGUGCCUCACUAAUAUAAAAUGCAAUUUGGUUUUAGGACUGUAUCAGUGUAUGUUGUAAAGUUGCCAUUUGGAGCCCAUUUGGAAGUAGGGGAAAUGGGAGCUGAAAUUUUCUAACUCAGAAGAAAUUAGAUUUGAAGGAAGCACAGCCUGUCCUCUGGGACCCUGCUCUGCUUUCUUCCAGGAGAUGGACAGCCAGGUGGGGGUCUCCCCCAUGCAUGCAGGGUGGUGGCACUGUGUGCAGGUUGGUGCCUGGAGCCUGGACACCUGAAGAUCCCAUCCCGCUCCACAUCCUGUCACUACUCCAGCACCUCUGCUGACCUGUGAUGGACAACUUCCAGUACAGUGUCCAGCUCAGUGACCAGGACUGGGCUGAGUUCUCAGCAACUGCUGAUGAGUGUGGCCUCUUGCAGGCUGGCCUGGCUUCUGGGGACGAGCUCUUUUCCAGUGACAUUGACCAAGGGGACAGCAGUGGCAGCAGCCCACCGGGGCCCCCACCCCUUCUCACUGUGCAGCUGGCCCCCAGGGGAAAGGGCUGGCAGGCCUGUGAGGAAGAGAACAGUGUGGCCACCUGGCAGCUGGCCAGCAGGUUUCAGUGUGAGCCUCUCCUGGCUCCAGGGGCCAGUAAGCAGGCAGCCGGCACGUCCACACGAUCUGAAGCUCUGCUGUCCCUCCGCUCAGGAACUGCCCCUCUUGACCAGCGCUCGUCCUUUCCGGAGUCAGUAGAUCCCAGUGACAUGAUGCAGAGGCUUCUGCAGGGCCCUUCUCCCAGCCCCUCUGGUGAGCCCCCCCAGAGUUCUGAUUCCUCUGGCCACAGUGUCAUCCCCAAAAAGCCCCCUGACAAUCCUGGAGCCCCUCCCCGAAGCCCCGGCCGCAAGAAGAGGCGCGCUGUGGGGACCAAGGGGGGCGGAUGCUUGGAGCCCCCAGGACCUGCUGUGGGUCCACCAGGCUCUCCCAAGCUCCCUGAGGAAGGCCAUAGCCUGGCUGGGGCCAGAAGGGAGGGGUUUGGGGCUGGGACAGCAAAGACAAUGGCAGGAGCCCAACAGAACAAGCCUCAGCCAGACUCUGCCCAUGUUCUCUCUGCACCUGUCCCUGUAACUGAGCGAGGUGCAGACCAGAUCAGAAUGACCUCCAGGGCUGAGCUACACAGGGCUUCUGCACCUGUCCAGGUGGCUCAUUCAGAUUCUUCCAUGGCUGAGACAGAUGAAGCCUUGUCUAUACCUGCCUCCAAGCCUCAGCCCAAUGUGGCCAUGUCUACACCCACCUCCACACCUGCACUGCGUGUGGACCUGCCUACUACAGCAGGGCCAGUGGUCAAGCCAAAGGUGGAUUCACCUCUUCCUAUCUCCAUGGCUGUGACCAGCAGGGCUCUGCCCUACUCUGCUUCCAAGACUAAGUAUGAUGGGACAGCAUUUACCCCUGUUCCUGGGGCUGAGGCUGCUGUACCCUCCCAGCCCCCUGUUCUCCAAACUGGGGCUGAUAUGAUAGAGACACAGAUGGCUGUGCCUCCAACAGGGCAUCAAGAUAAACCUGCAGGGACUCCUGGACUCGUUUCAGGGGUACCUCCCCCAGGCCCCAUCCCAACCCCCAAGAAGAAGAAAGUACGAUUCUCCAUGGCUGUGCCCAGACCUGAGCAACCAGGGUCAAGAGAGGCUACAGGCCUACCCUCAUCAGCUUCAGCCUGGCCCUCAGCCCCUGGGACUGCAGUGGGAGGCCAAGAGGGGUCUGCAGCCUGGGAUGCGGUGGCGGUUGGGCCCCGGGGCCCCCAGCCUCGGAUCUUGAAGCACCUGCCACCCCCGGCUCCCUCUGCUUCUGCAGGGCCUAGGCCCAGGAGCUGCUUUGCAGUGACCCUCCCCGAGGCCUAUGAGUUCUUCUUUUGUGAUACCAUUGAGGAGGAGGAGGAAGUAGGGGAGGAGGAAGGUGCCGAGCAGGAGGCAGUAGCCAGCCAGGCACUGGAUUCUGUCCAGUGGCCAGACAUUUGCGAAUUCUUCUUCCGGGACUGCCACACCCAGAGGUCGGGGCACCAGGGGAGCUGCUCCCCUGCUCCACCCCCAGGAACUGACCUUGUAUCAGCUGUGCCCCCUGGAGAUCCGGUGCCUUUCUCCAUCCCUGAGGCCUACGAACACUUCCUUGGGGAGGACAAGUUUGGGGGUACACUGUCACCAACUGCCCUCCAGCAGCAGACCUCAGAGGCCCCCAGGAACAUGGGGACAAGGAUCAAACCUGAGCCCAGCCCAGCCAUAGCAGAGCAACUCAGCCUGACAGCCAGGCGGGCAGGAGAGCUCCGGCAUCCCCUCACCUCAUUUACCUUCAGUCAGAAUGACAUGUGCUUGGUGUUUGUAGCCCUUGCUACUUGGGCUGUAAGAACUUCAGAUCUGCAAACCCCGGAUGCUUGGAAAACAGUCUUGCUGGCCAACUUUGGCACCAUCUCUGCCAUCCGCUACUUCCGCCGGCAGGUGAGGCGAGGGUGCAGCCCCAGCUCCAGCCCCAGCCUCAGCCCUAGCCGUAGCCCCAGCUCCAGCUCCUAGGACCAGGCCUGGCCUAGGAAGACUCAAGACAAGGAGAUGAACAGAGACAUCCAGGAUGAGCUGCUGCCCUCCUCGACCAAGGACCCCAGACUUUUGCAGCAUGUAGGAGGGAGCCAGUAUCCUUGGUGCUGUCUCCCUUGGACUCCAUGGGAGGGUCCAUCCAGGGGCCAAGGUCAAGGCCACUACCCACACCUGAGGGGAGAGGAGAUUUGUAAUUCUGGGUGGGUAGAGGAUGAGCAGGGAGCUAGUUAAUAGGGCACCAGAUUAGCAAAUAUAAUACAGGGUACCUAGUUAAAUUUGGAUUUCAGACACAUACUAUUUGAGACAUUCUUGUACUAAGAAAUUCCUUGUUUAUCUGAAACCUAACUGGGUAUCCUGUUUCAUUUGGUCAUGUAGGUAAGUUGGGUGUACUGCAGGAAAGGACCCUAGAAUUAGGAGUGUCAGAGAGCAGCAAGGUCCCACUAGGUCUGGUGGGGCCAGGAUGGGGACGCUAGGUGGCAUCAAAGGUGGCCGGAGUGGUUUUCCAGGGAUUAUGCCUUGUGCACAACAGGCUAGGCUGGAAAGGCCCUUACAGACCCCUCUGAACUCCAAGCCCCAAGGUCUGGGGUCAAGGUGCCAGCUGCAGUCAAUGAGCAGAUGGCCUAGAGGAUGCCUCUGAGGCAGCUCCUGCAGUCCCUACAGGGUGGGGCAGUGGACUGGGUCUGGCUCCUCUGGUGAGCCCUAGUUAAAGGUACACACAGAACUUAGUGGAAGGACUGAGCUCUUGGGAUGGUCCCAGGAGUCAGAGAUGGAUGAGAGGUGGGUAAAGGAAUCAAGAUGAAAGAGCAGUGACUGGAUGCAGGAGGCAGCACACAGGCUCCCCAAGAUGGCAGGAACCUCCUGUUGCUCAGUGGAGAACACAGACACAGAACCAAUAAAAUCUCUCCUUUCUUGUUUAUGG